AUGAUUAAAGAUUUUUAUAUAUUCUAUAAUAUUAUUUCUUCCUUAAGCAUAUUUAUAUAUGGUUUUCAGGAUUCUAGAAAGAGCUAUACAUUGUCCUGUAUAUUAGAAAGCUGCUUAAUUCUAUUCAAAGCCAGACAGUUGCUAAAUCCUCUGAUAGGAAUUAUAUUUUAUUAUAAUACUUUUAUUAGUAAUAUAAUAGAAUUAUUUUAUAAAGCAGCCUUUUUAUCCUUAUACCCUGAUAUUAAAGUGCAAGUUUUAUAUACUCUAAUAAAUCUCCAUGCUAUCAAGAUUUUCUAUUCAAGAUUAAAUAUUAUAAUAUCUGCUUUAGAGAUUAAUCAAAGAAAUCUUAAUACAAAGCAAAUACUAGAUCUCAUGGCAGUAAGACAGGAUAAUAGCCCCAUACCACUCUAUAUAUAUAUUAUCAAAUAUAUUUUCCGGGAAAUAUGUAUGGAGCAGCAGGCAGUACAUACAGGAUUUAAUUAUUAUAUUUUUAAAAAUAAAGUACUGGACUCGAAUUUGACCCCUGCCCAGCUCGAGCUAUUAAAGUAA